AGCUCGGCACGGCUCGGCACGAGUCGGCACGAGUCGUCCAGGCGGAAAUGUGAAGUAGUUCGGCACGUGUGGAUCCGGAUGUUAAACCUGGUCGUUCUGUUCUGGUUUAUAUUUACCUGUGAUGGGGUUGUACAUCCGGCUGUGAUUGACAGGUGGUGGGCAGGGUUAUCGAACCAGCACGGUGUUGGACUGGUUCUGGUACUGGAUUAGUUCCUGCAGCUCCGACACGGUCAGUUCGGAGGGAAAGACUCUAAAACCACAACGAACUCCGAUUGAAAUCCUCUAUUUUAACGUAGCCUCGUUCGCCUGCAGUGACUGACUUGUCGGACGCGGGAAAAGUGAAGUUUGGAUUGAUGACAUCCCUCUGAAAAAGUUAUUUCAUUAGGAGUCUGUGCCGAUUGGAAGAGCCGUGUGUGACCUCUGAUCAAAGAUCCGCUGAGGGUUUCUCUCUUGGUGUAAUGAGUAGAGAGAGGAAAGUAUUUAAACGGUACAGUUGUUAAAGGAAGUUCGGAGUGGAGCAAACUAGAGAAUGUCUGAAGAAGUUCCACUUGAGGGGGACCAGUCGCUGUCCACCCAGUCGCCAUCCCAGGCCCAGUCCACCCAGUCGCCAUCCCAGGCCCAGUCCACCCAGUCGCCAUCCCAGGCCCAGUCCACCCAGUCGCCAUCCCAGUCUAAGUGCCAGUCCCAGCCUGGUUCCAGUUCUUCCAGCGGCCCGACCUCUGGCAGCCAAUCGUCCAGCGGCUCUGGGACUCUGAGCAGCAUGGACACCAUCCCCGUCACCCUGCCGUCCGUCCCUGAGGAGCCUGAACCACAACCCUGGGGCCGGCUGCUGCCCAUGGCCCGAGGCUUUAGGAGCCAUGACUGUAUAGAGGACCAGUACCUGUUUGGACGGGACUCUAAAUGUCAGUACGUCCUGGACGAUCCUGAUGAUCGAGGAUCCAAAAAGUUCAGAAUCUACAGCAAGAAACACUUUAGGAUCUACAGAGAGGACAGUGAGGUCUUUGUGGAGGACUACAGUAAUAACGGGACGUUUGUUGACGGGAUACUGAUCGGUAAAGACAGGAAGCUUCCUCUGGUCAACAACGCCGUCCUCUCUCUGGCUGAGCAGCGGAACAAAGUCUUUGUCUUCAUUGACCUGAUGUCUGAUGAUCAGUCCAGUCUACCUAAAGAGCUUCAGGAGAAAUAUCUGCUGACUCGACGCAUCGGCACAGGAGUCUGUGGUGAAGUCAAACUGGCCUUUGAGAGAUCGACCUGUAAGAAAUUUGCAGUGAAAAUAAUAAACAAGAACAACUUCAAGUCUGAAGGGACGGCGACACGAAACGCAAAGACAGAGGUCGAGAUUCUCCAGAGGAUUGACCACCCUUGUCUCAUAAAGACAGAGGACUUCUAUCACACGGAGGACAGUUACUACAUCGUGUUGGAGCUGAUGGAGGGAGGGGAACUGUUCCACAAAGUCAAGUCUCAGCAGCAGCUUCGCGAGUCUGUUGCCAAACUUUACUUUUACCAGAUGCUCAGAGCGGUCCAGUACCUCCACAGUAACGGGAUCAUCCACAGGGACCUGAAACCAGAGAAUGUCCUGCUGUCCUCACAGGACGACGUCUGUCUCAUCAAGGUGACAGACUUUAACCAGUCCAGGAUCCUGGAGGAGGCCGUGUUGAUGAGGACUCUCUGUGGGACCCCGUCCUACCUGGCUCCUGAGGUCUUCACCCACGCCUCCACCACAGGGUAUGGCCUCGCUGUGGACGCCUGGAGCCUCGGAGUCCUGCUCUUCGUCUGUCUGGGUGGUUAUCCUCCGUUUCAUGAGAGUUUUGGUCGUCAGUCCAUCACAGAUCAGAUCGUAAGAGGGGAAUUUACUAUGGUUCAGUCCAAAUGGAAACACGUCUCUGAUCAAGCGAAGGAUGUGGUGAGGAAGCUGUUGGUGGUUGAUCCCAGUAAGAGGAUGACUAUAGAAGAAGCUCUGCGGCACCCCUGGUUACAGGAUCGAAUGAUGACGGAGACAGCUCACAAGCUGAUGUACCCCCCUGGACACCCCAGUGCCGCUAUGGAGGCGGAGUCAGCCUCAGGUUCCUCCAGCAGGAAACGAGGACGAGAUGAAGAGGAGGAGGAGGAGGAACAUCCAGCCAAACGGAGCCAAGCCACACCCCCUGUUCCACUGUAGUUGACCAAUCAGAUUGAGCUGUUCCUACCUAUACUACUGAAACACUCCACUGUAAAUAAUUUGUAAUGUUUUCUAAUAAAGUCUUUUAUAUUUUUCA